CAAUGACAAAGGAAGAUUGGAGCCAAAAGAAGAAAAUGCAUCUCAAGAAAAUGCAUCUCAAGCAAAUGCCAAACGUGACUCUGGUUCUCUGCUUCCCAGGUAACUAUUUAAAAGUGUCUGGUGAUGACUAUUACACUGGAGGAAUCUUCUGCCAUGUUGCAGUUAAGAAUGGCUUUGAUAUCGAAUUAGAAACUAGGUGUAUCUUGUACACACAUCAUGCUUUUUUCUGUGGUUCUGUACCUUUUGUCAACCUUUGCCUUUCUUCUAGUUUCUUUACAGGUGCAAUAUCUUGAUGGAUGUUUGUUUAAUCUUCUCAGUGGCAUAUUUGAAUCAUAAUGCUCCUGAUCAGUCAUAAGAAAACUGCCUAGCAUUUACGUGUCAGUCUACUCCAGCAUGUCCUGCUGGACUACCUACGACACCUCUGCCCAAGUCUUCAGAGUUCUCCCCCUUUACAUGCUACGCACCUGUGCAGAUGAUGUGAGCAUGGUCACUGAGCGCAUUGGCCAACCUGCCCCUGAGCACAUUGACGUGGGUUCAUCAUCCUGGAGGGCAGCAGUGCUGCAUCAGAGAUGGGGAUUGUCCAGAUAUUAUCAUGCUGGUAGAGGAAAUGCAUGGUUCUCUUGGUUUAGUAAUUGAUUUUAACUGCCCCCUUUGAUUCACAGGAAAAUGUGGGGCACCUCAGACUUUGAAUUUGGCAAGCCACUUGGCAAGGGGAGAUUUGGAGCGGUGUACUUGGCCCGGGAGAAAAAGACUCACUUCAUCUUGGCCUUGAAAGUCAUUUUCAAAUCAUUGCUGGAAAAAUCUCAGCUAGAGCACCAGCUCAGAAGAGAAAUAGAAAUCUUAAGUCACCUCAGACACCCAAAUAUCUUAAGGAUGUAUAACUACUUCCAUGACCAGACCCGGGUUUUUCUCAUGUUGGAAUAUGCUCCAGGAGGAGAACUGUACAAGGAGCUACAGAAGAAAACACACUUUGAUGACAUCAGAACAGCCACUUAUAUGGAAGAAAUAUCUGAUGCUCUGAUGUACUGCCAUGCUCUAAAAGUGAUCCAUAGAGAUAUUAAGCCAGAAAACCUCCUGUUAGGAUUAAGAGGGGAGCUGAAGUUGGCAGACUUUGGAUGGUCAGUGCAUGCUCCAUCGCUUAGGAGGACAACAUUUUGUGGCACUGCAGACUACCUUGCUCCAGAAAUGAUAGAGGGGAGUCCACACAGUGAGAAUGUUGAUGUGUGGUGCGUUGGUGUCCUUUGUUACGAGUGUCUUACAGGAUAUGCACCAUUUGAAGCACCAACACAGAUGGAGACUUUCAGAAGAAUAAAAGAGGUUAACUUUUCAUUCCCUUCUUGGGUGUCAGAUGGAGCCAAGGACCUAAUAUCCAAAGUACUCAACCGUACACCUUCCCUGCGGCUUCCCUUGAAAGAAAUAAUAGCGCACCCAUGGGUUAAGGCCAACUCUAGGAGAAUCUUGCCGCCUGUCUACAAUGAAACAGAAGAGUAAAUGCCAGUGUAUAUCCAGAAGGCUGUUGAUUACUCCACAUGUGCAUCUGUCUUUUUAGUUGGUUGCAAUGUCAGACAGCAGCUGAACCAGAAUAUCAAGCUUCUGCUUUCUGCUAAACCAGGUGUGAGAAGCCAGUGCCCCAGCAGCUGAUGUUGGAAUCCAUCUCCUAUCUUCCCUGACCAUCGGCCAUACUGACUUAAGACGAUGGGAGUUGGAGUCUAACAACAUCUGGAAGGCCACAAGUUCCCAUCCCUCCUAAACCACUCUUUUACAAAGAAUUAUUGUCACUACUUAGCUUGUAAAUUUACUGUUAACUGUGGAACUUUUAUGAACUGAUAUAAUGAGGAAGAAAAAAAGCUAAACUUUGUAUAAUUUUAAACUUUGUAUAAUUUUAAAGAAAUAAACACUUGCUAAUGAAUUUCAAUCUAGUGGCAAGUUGGAAAGAUGGUCCAGAGCUAAUGUUUAAGUAUGCAGAGCUUUCUCAGGAUCACUAUGUUGAAGAAUUGAUGUCGAAGCACAUGCAGUGGUACCUCGGGUUACAUACGCUUCAGGUUACAUACGCUUCAGGUUACAGA